CAUGUCAACGCGCCAACCGAAGCUUAGGCGUUUUAAACGCGCCGUUUCAAUUGCUGGAGCAGUGCCGUAUUCUUCUUUCACACCUCCAUUGAAGGCAUAAUCUCCGCCGUCGCCUCCGCCGCCUCCGCCCUGUCUCCACCGCCGUCUCCCGCAGUUUCAGAGAGAGAGAAGACCUAUCAACAUGAUCAGGCGAACAGUAUUCACUGUUUUGAAGAGAUCGAUUCUUCCAUCGUCUUCGUCGCCUCUACUUCCUCUCUUCUCCUCCGCUUGUCGAUUUGCUAGCACGUUGGUUUUGGCGGAACACGAUGGCGGUUCCAUCAAUGCCGCUUCCGUUAGUGCUAUAGCGGCUGCUGGUUCUUUGAGCAAAGAUAAUUCGAUUUCUGUCCUGUUGGCUGGCUCAGGACCUUCGCUUCAGGAAGCUGCUGAACAUGCUGCCUCUUGUCACCCAUCUAUUUCUCAGGUGCUUGUUGCUGAUUCGGAUAAAUUUUCAUAUCCCUUGGCUGAACCUUGGGCUCAACUAGUCCAAUUGGUUCAACAGAAUAAUGGGUAUUCUCAUGUAAUUGCGGCUUCAGGUUCCUUUGGGAAAAACAUUCUUCCACGCGCUGCCGCUCUUUUAGAUGUUUCUCCAGUUACUGAUGUCGUUGCUAUAUCUGAAUCUCGCCAAUUUGUGAGGCCCAUAUAUGCUGGCAAUGCGCUUUGUACGGUCAGAUACACAGGGGGUGACCCUUGUAUGUUGACCAUAAGAUCUACAUCGUUCCCAGUGACCUCAAAAUCAGUUGAGUCGGCAUCAAUUAAAUCCCCUAUAUCUCAGGUUGAUCUCUCAACGUUUGGUGGAGAUUCUAUUGGAAAAUCUAGAUAUGUAAAGCAAACGUCUCAGGAAGCAGAACGUCCUGAUCUUGCGAAUGCACGUGUUGUUGUCACUGGAGGACGUGGUUUGAAAAGUGCUGAGAACUUCAAAAUGAUUGAGAAACUUGCAGAGAAGCUUGGUGCUGCAGUUGGUGCCACACGUGCUGCUGUUGAUGCUGGAUUUGUUCCCAAUGACCUUCAGGUUGGACAAACUGGUAAAAUUGUAGCACCAGAACUAUAUAUGGCUUUUGGUGUAUCAGGAGCCAUUCAACAUUUGGCAGGGAUCAGAGAUUCUAAGGUUAUUGUGGCUGUGAAUAAAGAUGCAGAUGCACCAAUAUUUAAGGUUGCUGACUAUGGACUCGUUGGCGAUCUUUUUGAGAUUAUACCGGAGUUGCUUGAAAAGCUACCUGAAAGUAAGUAACCUUAUCACUAACUAAAUAGUGCUGGAAUGAGUUCAAAGGUGUAGAAAUGGUAUCCCAUUAUCUGAAUCUUUGGGUCAUUUAUAUAAUAAAAAAGGAUGUCAUUUGAGAAAAUCAAACCCCCCACCAAAAAAUCUUUAAAUCAAGCAUGUAAAUAGUCUUCAAAGGCAAUAAAAAUAUACAUCUAUCCAAAUUUAUGGCUGUAGCCUGUAUUGUGUUUUUCAAUAGAAAAGUUCACAUUUGAAUCUAGAGGCUGCAUAAAUUGUGAAUGUGAUGUGAAAGAAUGAUUGACUUGGUGUA